AUGUUACUUGAAGCAUACGGUUUCACCGACGAGACUGAUCGGCAAGCGUUGCUUGAGUUCAAGUCUGGAGUUUCUGAAGGAAAAAGAGUUGUCUUGUCCUCGUGGAAUCAUUCAUACCCUCUUUGCAAUUGGAAAGGGGUUACAUGUGGUCGCAAACACAAAAGAGUUACUGGUCUGGACCUCGGAAGAUUGCAAUUAGGCGGAGUGAUAUCACCAUCUAUUGGUAAUCUUUCGUUUCUCAUGUCACUUGAUCUCUCUGAUAACUCUUUUGGUGGAACCAUCCCUCAAGAAGUUGGAAACUUGUUUAGACUUGAGUACUUGAAUAUGAGCUUUAAUAUUCUCGGAGGAGUGGUUCCACUCAGUCUAUUUAAUUGCUCUAGAUUGAUGGACCUUGAGUUAGACUCAAAUUAUCUCGAAGGAACUGUUCCUUUGGAAAUAGGAUCAUUAACAAGGCUUCUUUAUUUAUUUCUUGGUCAAAACAAGCUAAAAGGAAAGCUCCCUGCAUCUCUAGGAAACUUGACAUCACUCAUGCAAGUUAGCUUUACAAGUAACGAAUUGUCCCAAAUUGUUUUUCUUUCGUUAUCUCUGAACAGCUUCUCAGGCGUUUUUCCUCCUUCCAUUUACAAUUUGUCUUCACUUGAGAUGUUAAACAUCUUUGGUAAUAGCUUUUCGGGUAGCCUAAGACCUGAUUUUGGUAUUUUGCUGCCAAACCUUAUAGAGCUAUAUAUGGGAAAUAGCCAUUUCGCAGGAGCCAUUCCCACAACACUUUCUAAUAUCUCUACUCUUGAAACGUUGGGAAACGAGUAUAACAAUCUGAUAGGAAGCAUUCCUCCGAGCUUUGGGAAAGUACAAAAUUCGGAAGUCUUAUUACUUCAUGGUAAUUCUCUUGGAAACUACUCUUUUGGAGAUCUUGGUUUCAUUGAUGCCUUGUCCAAUUGCACACAACUACGUAUCUUAAGUGUUGGUUUCAAUAAGCUUGGGGUGACUUGCCUACCUACAUUGAUAAUUUGUCCACAAGCCUUGCCGAGUUAA